GUGCGGCAACUGCUGAGCCUUGACCCGCGGCCUGGCACGCCCGGGCCGAGCACGGCCCGCACGAGACGAGACCUGGCCGAGGCGGUGGCCGAGGCGCGUCGGUUCAACACGACGCCGACGCCCCAACCAAACUCCGACUCCUCCCUCUCCCCUCCCGUCUUCGUCGGCCGAGACGGGGGAGAAAACCAAACCCUAUCUCGCAGCGGCGGAGAGGUGGGGGUUCGAGCGAGGCGGGUUGGGAUCGAAUUUGGGUGCAAGGGAGGGGAGGCGAGGCGGGCGUCUCGAGUUCCCGACCCCCUGCCUCCUCCUCCUGUGUACUACUCGGCAGCGCACGAGGCCGCCGGCCGGCUCCUCUCUCUCCGCCGAAUCAGUGGGCGGUCCGCCGCAGCGCCGCUCGCUCCCGUUCCCCUCUCGAUCGUCUCUCUGGUGGACUGGAGUGGAGUGGCGACCCCACCCGGAACGGACCCGGCCUGGAUUGGAUUGGAUUGGAUUGGUUUGGUCUCUUCCUCCCCCGUGUUUGUUGAUCCUGAAUACCUGAGGUCUCCCGGUCCGGCACCUCUUCCUCGCGCCGCGCCAUGGACGAGGAGGAUGACGACCAGCGCCUGCUGCACAGCCUCGGCGUCACGUCCGCGAACAUCGAGGACAUCGAGAAGAAAAUCCUCUCGCAGGCUCAGGCUGACCCAAAGCAUGAUGUGGAAGAAGUAGCAGCUGCCAAUGACCACGAGAGGGGUGAUGAUGCCGUGCCUGAGGCUGACGUGCAGGCCAGGCUGCACCAGAAGCUGCACUCCGUGCAGCUCGAGAUCGACGCUGUAGCCUCCACCAUCAAGAGAGCUAAGCACGCCUCCGGGAAGCAGGUUGACAGCUCAGACAGUGGUGACACGCAAGAUAAAAAGAAGCAGAAGCGUGCCGAACACACCUCGCAGGACGAUCCUCAUGGAGGAGCCCUCCAGCAGGCGCUUGCCGCCGAGCGCCUUAAGAGCCUUAAGAAAGCUAAAGCGCAGAUUCAGAAAGAGAUAACGCAGUUGGAACCCUGCCCGUCGGGCUCGGACAAACGGAAAGAUAAGAUGCUGGCCAUGCCGGUUGAAGAGGAGCCGAGGCGUAAGAAGAAGACACUAAUGCCAUCUCGAGGGCCCAAGAAGAUGUCGGCACCAAAACUGAAAACCAUGAGCUACAAUGACGACGACGACUUCGAUUCUGUGCUUGAUGGGGCAUCUGCAGGAUUUAUGGAAACUGAAAGGGAAGAAUUGAUCAGAAAGGGCUUGCUGACACCCUUUCACAAGUUGAAGGGCUUUGAGAAGCGUGUUGAAUUACCUGGGCCUUCUCAUAGGCAAAAUGAUCCCUCUGAUCAAGUCGGAGAAACCAUGGAAGCUUCCAGGAUUGCUAAGUUUGCUCAGUCGAUGCAGCAGAUUGCACAAAGCCGCCCAAUGACAAAAUUGCUUGAUCCAGAAUCUUUACCUAAACUGGAUGCACCUACUGCUCCAUUUCAAAGGCUAGGAAGACCUCUAAAACGCCCUGUUUCUCCCAGUUCCGAGGAGCAGGAAAAGAAGAGACGAAGGAAUAAGACCAAGAGGCCCUUGCCUAACAAGAAAUGGAGGAAAGCCAACUUAUUGAAGGAAUCACUUUUGGAAACUGACGAUGAGGAUGAUGGGGUCAUUGCGGCAUCAGUAUCUGAGGAUGAAGAUCAAGCAGCAGAAGGUUUUGAUGGUUUACCUCCUGUUAUCCUUGAAGGUGGUUUGAGAAUUCCUGGCACAAUUUAUGAGCAGCUAUUUGACUACCAAAAAGUGGGAGUGCAGUGGCUAUGGGAAUUACAUUGUCAAAGGGCUGGUGGAAUUAUUGGAGAUGAAAUGGGCCUAGGAAAGACUGUGCAAGUCUUAACAUUUCUUGGUUCCUUGCAUAACAGUGGCAUGUACAAGCCCAGCAUUGUCAUUUGUCCUGUAACCCUUCUGCAACAGUGGCAAAGGGAGGCCAGUCGGUGGUAUCCGAAGUUUAAAGUGAAGAUCUUGCACGAUUCUGUAAAUGGUUCAAGUAAAAAGAGCAAGCCAUAUAAUGAUUCUGACAGUGAAGCCUCCUGGGAUAGUGAUAGUGAAGAGGUUAAACGCGCAAAGCCUGCAAAAAAGUGGGAUGACUUGAUUUCAAGCGUUGUUAAUUCAGGAUCAGGUUUGCUUUUGACUACAUAUGAGCAGCUAAGAAUCUUAGGGGAGAAGUUGCUUGAUAUAGAAUGGGGAUAUGCUGUGUUGGAUGAGGGUCACCGUAUAAGGAACCCAAAUGCUGAGAUAACACUGGUGUGCAAGCAACUGCAGACUGUGCACAGGAUAAUCAUGACAGGUGCACCUAUUCAAAAUAAACUUUCUGAACUCUGGUCCCUUUUUGAUUUCGUGUUCCCUGGAAAACUGGGUGUGCUGCCUGUAUUUGAGACUGAGUUUUCUGUGCCAAUUACUGUUGGUGGUUAUGCUAAUGCAACGCCAUUGCAAGUGUCCACAGCUUACAGAUGUGCUGUUGUCUUGCGUGAUCUUAUCAUGCCAUACCUUCUUAGGCGCAUGAAAGCUGAUGUCAACGCACAGCUCCCCAAGAAAACAGAGCAUGUUCUUUUCUGUAGUCUGACUCCAGAGCAGCGUGCUACUUAUCGUGCUUUCCUUGCUAGUUCAGAGGUGGAACAAAUAUUUGAUGGCAAUAGAAAUUCACUGUAUGGGAUAGAUGUCCUAAGGAAGAUAUGCAAUCAUCCCGAUCUACUUGAGAGAGAACAUGCUGCUCAGAAUCCUGACUAUGGGAAUCCUGAAAGAAGUGGAAAGAUGAAAGUGGUUGAGCAAGUUCUUAAAGUCUGGAAGGACCAAGGCCACCGUGUUCUUCUUUUCACUCAGACUCAACAAAUGUUAGACAUUUUGGAGAGCUUCUUGACAGCAUGUGACUACCAAUACCGAAGAAUGGAUGGACUAACACCUGCAAAACAAAGAAUGGCACUAAUUGAUGAGUUCAAUAACACAGAUGAAAUUUUUGUUUUCAUUCUGACCACGAAAGUUGGUGGCCUGGGUACAAAUUUGACUGGUGCAAACAGGAUUAUUAUUUAUGAUCCCGACUGGAACCCUUCAACAGACAUGCAGGCCAGGGAACGUGCAUGGCGUAUUGGGCAAACUAGAGAUGUGACAGCUUACAGACUGAUCACACGUGGGACAAUAGAGGAGAAAGUCUAUCAUCGACAGAUAUACAAGCAUUUCCUUACUAACAAAGUAUUGAAAAACCCACAGCAGAGGAGAUUCUUUAAAGCCAGAGACAUGAAGGAUUUAUUCACACUACAAGAUGAUGAAGGAAAUGGUUUGACAGAAACAUCAAAUAUUUUCAGCCAAUUGUCUAAAGAUGUGAAUAUUAGGGUUCCGAAUGAAGGUCAACAAGACCAGGUACAUAUUGCUUCGACUCUGCCAAGCACCAGUGAGUCUGAACCAUCUAAUGGAGGGAAUGGGAAAGUGGAUGAGAACUCUGACCAAGCAGAUGAAGAAUCAAACAUUUUGAAGAGUCUUUUUGAUGCCCAGGGCAUUCAUAGCGCGAUCAAUCAUGAUGCCAUAAUGAAUGCUAAUGAUGACCAGAAGGUGCGCCUUGAAGCAGAAGCCUCACAGGUGGCACAAAGGGCAGCUGAAGCUUUACGUCAAUCUCGGAUGCUCAGAAGCCGUGACAGCUUUGCUGUUCCCACGUGGACUGGAAGAUCUGGUGCUGCUGGGGCACCCUCUUCUGUUCGCAGGAAGUUUGGGUCCACAGUCAACAGCCAGUUGAUCAGUUCGUCACAGCCAUCAGAAACUUCAAGCAGCAGGAGCCAAAGUCUUCCAGUAGGUGCUCUAAAUGGCAAGGCACUGUCUUCUGCCGAACUUUUGGCUAAGAUCCGUGGAACCCGAGAGGGGGCUGCUUCAGAUGCAUUGGAACAUCAACUCAACAGAGGAUCAGGUUCCGAUCACAUACCAGGUCCAUCAGGGAAUGGCGUCCGCUCAUCUAACUCUUCUAACAGAAGCAUGAUCGUGCAACCUGAAGUCCUGAUCCGUCAGUUGUGCACCUUCAUACAGCAGAAUGGUGGGUCUGCCAGCUCCACGAGCAUAACUGAACACUUCAAGAGCCGCAUACAGUCAAAGGAUAUGCUUCUCUUCAAGAACCUGCUUAAGGAGAUAGCAACAUUGCAAAGGGGCGCAGAUGGUGCCACGUGGGUGCUGAAACCUGAUUACGAGUGAUUGUAGCUGUAGUUUACAGGAGAAAAAUUUUGGUCUAGGAGGGAUUUUUUUUGGGAAUCUUUAUGGUGGCUCACUGAUUCUUUUUGUAAGGGACAACUUAACAGGAAGAAAUCUUAGGACUAUAGGAGAUGCCUUGUGAAUACAGGAAUAGGAAUCUUCACGGGUAGCCACUGUGUUAGAGCAACGGUGUGUUUGUAGGAGCUGUACCCUGAUGCAGCUGUCUCGAACGUUGGGUGGCACGCUGUGCUCUCUCUUCCACUCUGACCGUCAGCCUAGCCUGGUGGUGAUUUUUGCACUAGUUUCUAGCAUCUGAAAGGGUUCAUCAAUCA